AUGUCGACCGAUACCGCGUGCUACCGUGAAGCCCACGUCAUGGACGUCUGCCCCAGCAACUACGACCGCAACGAGAAAACCAACACUUGCUGGACGGAGUGCCCCAUGGAGUACCCUGUGAAGUGCGGUAUGGAAUGCAUCCGACAAAACGACGACUGCGGCAUCGAAGUGGCGAGUAAGGUCUCGGCUGUAGCUAUGACGAUCUUCAGUACGGCUACCAUGGGCGUGUUCGGCGAGCUCGCAAAGCUGGGCAAGACGAUCUCCUGGGCCGUCAAGUGCAGCAACUCCAUGAUGCUGGUAAUGAGGGGGGUCAUUCGGUACAUCCGCAACAUGAAGGCGGAGGACCCGCAGGCGACGGAUCGCAAGCUGCUGCUCAUGCUGUACCAGACGAGCACUGUCGUCACGGAUCUACCUAUCGCCAUUACGGUCUGCAUGGGCAAGGCCGUGCCUCCGAACCUUCGUCUGUCCCAAUAUGUGUUGUCAACGGCGCAGUGGAUGCUCAUGCAAGCGCUCGCACACGACGACAGCAUCAUCUCCAGCUGGUCGAGGUUCAAGGCCUUUCUUAAGGGAGCCAACUUCACGGAGGCAGCGGAGGAGAUCACGGAGGGGGAGAUCGAGUCACUCAAGACGGCCAUGAAGCAGAACUCGAGUUGCGGUGGCGACUUGAAGUCGCUCACUGACCGCGUCUGGCUGACGGUGAACGAGUACAGGCAAGAUAAUCCGGGCAUCACCGACGACGAGCUGCGGCUGAAGAUCAGCGAGUCCGACCUCGUGCUGUAUGACGUCCCCACUGUGACCAACAACUGCAUGAAGCAAAUGGUCGCCGAGUCCAGCAAAGAGACCGCCUACAAGACGAGGGAAGCCUUGCGUAAAACUUUUGGAGUGAUCAUCAACGACCUCAUCAAGUCCGGCAAGAGCGACAACGGCACCUCCUUAGACGAGAAAGAGACUGCGUACAAGGUGAUCGACACGGGUCUCUCGACCGUCGCGGCUUCGUUGCUCGACCCCACGCGCCUCACGCUGCUGCUGUCUGAGUACAUCCAGACGAUCUGCGGUCCGACACAGUUCAUGGGCGAGAUCGAUGACGGCACGGAGCCCGCCACGCUUGGGCUGAACACGCUCGAAGAUGCGUUCAGAGGCAGCUCCAUUGCGUGGACUAAGAAGGGCGACGGACAGGUGAUCAUCAACUUCAAAAGCACGGACAAGAAGGACGUGACUGUGAAUAUCAUGUCUGGUGGUGAUAAAAUCGACGAGGUGGAGGUGGCCGCGGGCAAGACUGCUCAGUGGAAGUCGAGCGUGAAGGUGCUGGGUGGGAAAACGCUGUACUUGGAUCGCUGGAGGCCGGGGUUCCUGGGUCUUCCCGGUACGGGUGGCGGAUCUCUCGUGCUGUGGGUGCCCAGAGCGUCACAGGGUGGCCACCUGGAAGUUGAAGCGAAGAUCAACGUGAGUUGA